AUGACCGUCCAAAAGCCAAUCACCUUCCCAUUCAAAUGCAGAGCUGCCGUCCUAAAAGAAUUCAACACUCAAGGAGAAUGUUUAGUUCGUGUCGCGGCUGCCGGUAUUUGUCACUCCGACUUGCACAUGAUUAAGGGAGACUGGACCAUGCGUGGUGUCGCAGACAUCUCUCCAUUACCUCAAGUUUUGGGUCACGAAGGUUCCGGUGUUGUUGCCAAGUGCGGCCCAGGUGUCACUUCCGUCAAGGAUGGCGAUCACUGUAUUUUGAUCUUUGCCAGUAACUGUGGAAAGUGUGACUACUGUCAAGUUGGUCGACCCAUGUUAUGUUCCGGACAUACCUCCAAGAAGACUGGUUCUCUCAACGACGGUACCACCCGUAUUCGUCUCAAGGAUGGUUCAACUGGUUACCACAUGGCUGGUUUGGCCUGUUUCGGUGAAUACGCCGUCAUCCCAGAAGACCAACUUUUGCCAAUUGACAAGGACAUUCCUCUUGACCGCGCUGCACUUGUGGGAUGUUCAGUCAUGACUGGUGUCGGAGCCGCCUUGAACACUGCAAAGGUUGAACCAGGUUCAACUGUAGUAGUCGUUGGUUGUGGAGGAGUAGGACUCAAUGUGGUUCAGGGAGCACGCAUCGUCAACGCCGGCAUGAUUAUCGGUAUUGACUUGGUCAGCAAGAAGCUCGACUACGCAAAGCAAUUCGGUGCUACCCACGUCAUUGAUGGAUCAAAGAUUGAAAACACCGUUGCUGAGGUCAUGCGAUUAACUGGUGGCAAGGGUGUCGACUAUGCUUUCGAUGCUAUUGGACACAAGUCUGUCUUGGAACAAAUCUUCCAAAUGAUCAAGCCUGGUGGACUCGCUGUCGAAAUCGGUAUUGCCCCAUUGACCCAAAUGGCCUCCAUCUCUCCCUUCAUGUUGGCCCUACAAGAAAAGAAGCUCGCUGGAUCUUUCUACGGUUCAGCCCGCCCUCGUGUAGACAUGAUCCGUCUCCUCGAUUUAUACAAACAAAAGCGUCUGAUGUUGGACGAACUGGUUUCAGAAACCAUCACAUUGGACCAAAUCAACCACGGCUUUGACCUCUUGAAGGCUGGUGCUGUAGCUCGAACUGUCAUCAAAUUCUUCUAA